GCGGGGAGCCGCCGGCCGCCACCAUGGGCUGCGGGCAGAGCUCCGCGUCGUCGCCGGUGGUGGGCGACGUCAACGGCGGCGUCUCUGAGGACGACACGUCCAAGAAGGUGUACGACGACCGCAUCACGCUGCCAAACAAGCAGAAGUUCCGCAUCACCGUCUCACCGGCCAGCACUGUGGUGGAGGACGACGGAGCCGGCGGCCGACCGCGGGUGCAGUGCCAGGAUAGCUGUCAGCAGCGGCCGAAGACGGGCGAGGAGGGCGAGUACGAGCAGCCCGAGGCGGAGUUCGACGGUGGCACCCUGGGCCUCAACAAUGUCGGGGACGUGCCGAGGCUGCUGGACUCCCUGUCCGACGGAGAUCUGUUCGAGGACUCGGAGUUCCCUCCGAGUGACACCAGCCUGUACUUCAGCGGGCGAACCAGCGAGAACGUCUCCUGGAAGCGACCGUUUGAGCUGUCGGAGCAGCCCCAGUUGUUCGUGGAGGGGAUAAGCCGCCGAGACGUCGUUCAGGGCGUCCUCGGCGACUGCUGGUUCCUCUCUUCCUGCUGCGCCAUCGCCAAGGAGCCCAAGCUGAUAGAGCGGGUGGUGCCUCCGGACCAGCCGCUGGCCGGCGACGGCUACCGCGGCUGCGUCCGCUUCAGCUUCUGGCGCUUCGGCGACUGGGUGGACGUGUUCAUUGAUGACCGGCUGCCCACCAAGAACGGCACCCUCUUCAACGCCAAGUGUCUCGACCCCAACGAGUUCUGGGUGGCGCUGCUCGAGAAGGCAUAUGCCAAGCUGCACGGCUCGUACGAGGCCCUGGAGGGCGGCCAGGCCAUGGACGCGCUGGUCGACCUGACCGGCGGCCUGGCCGAACGGUUCGACCUGGUCGAACACGACCAGAAGUACCUGUUCCGUCACCUCUACAAGUCCACCCUGGCCGGGGCAUUCAUCACCUGCUCCAGAAAGGGCGACUGGCGGCAGGCGAACAAAGCCGACGAGCUGGGACUGGUGCAGGGCCACGCCUACACGGUGACGGCGCUCGGACGGCCCGUGCACCAGCAGCUGGGGCGGCCGAGGCUGGUGCGCAUCCGUAACCCCUGGGCGGAUGCCGUCGAGUGGAACGGCGCUUGGUCAGACAGCGACGAACGGUGGUCCGGCGUGGACGCGGCCACCAGGGACAGACUCGGAGUCAGCGCGCUAGCAGACGGCGAGUUCUGGAUGGAGUUCGCUGACUUCUGCCAGCAGUUCGAGGAGGUUUCGGUCUGCACCCUUGGACCCGACUACGAUAAAGACGGCAGGGUGGAUCACGUCGGCCAGGUACAACAGAUCCGAAGCGAAUGGGUGCCUGGCGAGACGGCCGGCGGCAGCAGGAACAACUUCGACAAGUUCGCCACCAACCCGCAGUUCCUGCUCACGGUCAUCGACCCCACGCCAGACGAGAACGAUGACGAAGACACCGACAAGGUACCCGUGCUGGUCACGCUGAUGCAGGAGUACAGGCGGUCACAGCGCCAGUUCGGCAUCAAGAUGGCGCAGAUCGGGUUCCUGUUGUACAAGGUGGACAAUCCGAUCCAGCGCGUGCCGAAGCGUUACUUCAUGUACCACUACGAGGACGCGUCGUCGGGGACGUAUAUCAACUACCGAGAGGUGGCGGCGCGGCUCGAGCUCCAUCCCGGCCACUACGCCAUCAUCCCAGCCACGUUCGCGCCCGACACUCCAGCAGCCUUCAUGAUCCGUGUUUUCUCCUCGGGCACUUUCAAGUUGCGCCAGCUUCCUGAUGAGUAGCCUGGCUGCAGCUGCCUGGUGCAGCGGCUGGUCAGCUGCUUGCCGCCCGUGACGGUCGGGAGCGGCGGCAGCGGCAGCGAACCGACCCCCGGUACCGGGCGGUCUCCUGUGACGGUCGGGAGCGGCGGCAGCGGCAGCGGCCCGACCCCUGGUACCGGGCGGUCUCCUGUGACGGUCGGGAGCGGCGGCAGCGGCAGCGACCCGACCCCCGGUACCGGGCGGUCUCCUGUGACGGUCAUGGCAGACGCUCCGGCUCGGCCUAUGAGUCGCUCAUGCGGCGACUCCGGCAGCUGGCGGUAGGCGGCCUGCAGCCCACAGCCCGCCAGACGGAAGGCCGGUCGCGGGUCCGACACAGACGGUCCGACGACGGCAGCACUCAGACGCAGCGCGGCUUGGUUCGACGCCGUGUUCGGGAAAACGCGUGAAGAAAUCUGAGCAAGCUGCUGCUGGCUCGCGUCACUCCUGCUGCACCGCGCACUCCUGCCCUGGCCGGAGAUGACGUCGACAGGAGUUGAAACGGCGGCUGUGACAGCUGAAAAGAGCGUGGGAGAGGGGGAUGGGGGAGAGGAGGGUGAUUGCUGGAGCGGUAACAGCGUGCGGAACCGAAAUAGGUUGUAGCGGCGCUGCUUCCUGCUUGUGUGGUGACCGUGCACCGUGGUGUGGCCUCCGGAGA